CUCCGUGCUCCCCGCCGGGGGGAGGCCGAUGGAGAGGCGAGAGGAUGGGCGGGACUGGGCGUACAGGGUUGAUCCAUAUGGAUUUGAAAGGCCAGAAGACUUUGAUUAUGCAUCCUAUGAAGCAUUCUUUUCCAGAUAUCUAGUGGUACUUACUAGAAGAGCAAUAAAAUGGUCUAAGCUCCUAAAAGGAAAAAACAGUAUACAGAAGACUUUAAAAGUUAAGAGAUACAUCAGGAAGGGCAUCCCCAAUGAACAUCGUGCAGUGGUCUGGAUGAUUGUGAGUGGGGCUCAAGCCAACAUGGAACAAAACCCUGGAUAUUACCACAGACUUCUUGAAGAAGAGAAGAAUGACAAACUAGUUGAAGCAAUCAAAACAGACAUGAACAGAACAUUUCCAGAUAAUGUAAAAUUCCGUAAAAAUGCUGAUCCCUGUUUGCAGCACCCACUCUACAACGUAUUGGCAGCGUACGGGCAUCACAAUAAAGCAGUAGGAUAUUGUCAGGGCAUGAACUUCAUAGCUGGAUACUUGAUUCUUAUUACAAAGAAUGAAGAAGAGUCCUUUUGGUUGCUGGAUGCUCUUAUUGGAAGAAUAUUGCCUGAUUAUUACAGUCCUGCAAUGUUGGGCCUGAAAACGGAUCAGGAAGUCCUCGGAGAACUUGUGAAAAUGAAAGUUCCAGCUGUGGCAGAGCUGAUGGAAAGGCAUGGAGUCAUGUGGACCCUAGUGGUGUCACGCUGGUUUAUAUGCUUGUUCAUUGACAUUCUUCCAGUAGAGACUGUGCUCCGAAUAUGGGAUUGCUUAUUCUAUGAAGGGUCGAAGAUCAUCUUCCGCGUGGCCUUAACAUUAAUUAAGCAACACCAAGCUUUUAUUUUGGAAGCCACGAACUUCCCUGACAUCUGUGAUAAAUUUAAGCAGAUCACCAAAGGAACAUUUGUGACAGAGUGUCACAGCUUCAUGCAGAAAAUAUUCACAGACCCUGGAAGCUUGUCCAUGGCAACAAUCAACAAACUCCGAGAGGCAUGCAGAGAGAAGGUGCUUUCUCAGGGAUAACUCAGAUUUAAGGAGGUGGUCAGACACUACAGCAAUUGAAACAUUCCUCUAUUUGCACUGACUAAAGCACACUUUAAGCUUUCCAUGAGUUAACUGACACUUGACCAAUUUUUCCUGCCUUUCAAUUAAGUGUUGUUAAUACUUCAUACUGUAUGUCAGACUUGAUAACUGGAAGUGGUGGUUCUGUGGUUGGUUGGUCUUUUUUCUUUGAAGAACUUAGCGUUUUCCCAGUAGAAUGUGAUCGGUGUGUCAGGAUACUCCUUUUAAAAACAGUCACCAUCCUUGUGUUUUCAGGGCAUUUUGUAAUGUUAA